AUGGAAGGAUUAGAAAGUACUAAUCAAGUGAAUGUGGAGGUGGAAAAGGUUGAUAAAAAAGACGACGAGGUGUUAAAUUUGGAAGUUGAGACAUACAUGGUCUCUCUGAAUGAUAAGGUCAUUCAUGAUACUAGAGGAGACACAAUGAGUGAUAGAAAUGUUCAAAAAUUUGAACAAAAUGAUGGACACUCGCAUGUGGAUGGUGGAAAUGGUGACAUAUUGGAGAAAAAAGAAAGUGAGGUGCAACCAACUGAUGAUGUACCCAUGAAUGAGGGUGUAGACAUUGCAGAGGAGAAACCGAUUAUGGUGGAAACUAGGUUGGUGUUUGACUAUACCCAGAGUAGUGACGAGUCGGGUACUGAGGAGGAGCAGGAUGCUUUCUUGAAGGAUCUUGAACAAUUUCACAAGAAUAAUUUGAUGGAAUUCAAGCCACCAAAGUUUUACGGUGAAGGGCUGAAUUACCUGAAGUUGUGGAGACAAGUGACAAGAUUGGGUGGUUAUGAGCAGGUAACAUCACGCAAAAUGUGGCGACAAGUGGGAGAGUCAUUUAAUCCUCCAAUCUGAUGGGGUUGAACAAAUAUUUGCAGGACAUGCACAACCAUUUCUUGGUCCUUUCGUAACUUCUAUGAAAAGGUACUCCUUGAAUAUGAGAAGCAUAAAACUAACAAUGGAAAGUUCAAGGGCAGUGCAUCUACCAUAGUAGAGCAAAAUGCUUGUGAAAAGGAGGAUGCUACAGUGGAUAUGUUAAGAGAUGAUGUUAUGAAACUAGAGUAA